AUGACAUCUCGUCUCGGAAGUCUCAGACUUUACAAGUUUGAUGUGCCUUACGACUCCAACGUUGGUGUUUUAUUAGUAACUCAAGAAGGCGGAGACACGGGUUAUCGAUUCCGCUUGACGCGAUACACGGGACGGCCACAAAGAGAUUCCAAGUCUGGAUUGUCACAAUCAUUUGUAGACUUGCUUGGUCGUUUCUUCUUUAUGGACAAGAAAGAUUCCAACAUAACUAAUCAGAUCUUGACUUACUUGGUCUCCAACUUCUCUUUCAACGAUCUUGAGGUCGUACCUCCUGCUUAUGAUGUUGGGGAUGAUAGAUUUGUACCAAUAGCUCCAACCACUACGGAGAUUGUGGAUUGUUAUAGAGGUCAAGAGUUGUGUUGUCUUUGUGGAAAGGGGUAUCCAAAAGAAGAAGAGAUUGUUUACAAAACAGUGUGCAAUCACAUCUUUCACGCUACUUGCAUCUCAAGUCACUUGUUGCGUACUCCUCAAUGUCCUGUUUGCUCAGCAGAUUUGUUGCCUGUCGAUAUCAGAACCCUCCUCUUUUAG